GCGCCACUUCCGGCGCGCUGCGGCGGGGCGGGCGAUGGCGGCCCAGUUCCGCAGCUACGUGUGGGACCCGGCGCUGAUCGUGGCGCAGAUGGUGCUGCUGCAGGCCGGCUACUACAGCUCGCUGGGGCUCUGGCUCGCCCUCCUCGGCACCCUGGGCAGGACCGGGCCCUCCCUCCACCAGGUCUUCAGCGACGAGAUUUUAGGCUUCUCAACCCCGCCGGGGAGGCUCUCCAUGAUGGCUUUCAUCCUCAAUGCGCUCACCUGUGCUCUGGGCUUGCUGUACUUCAUCCGCCGAGGAAAGCAGUGCCUGGAUUUCACAGUCACAGUUCACUUCUUCCACCUUCUGGGCUGCUGGAUUUAUAACUCACACUUUCCCUCGACUCUCACGUGGUGGCUGGUGCACAUCGUGUGUACUGCGCUGAUGGCUGCAAUCGGGGAGUACCUCUGUAUGAGGAUAGAACUCAGAGAAAUCCCCCUCAAUUCUGCCCCCAAAUCCAACGUAUAGACUCGCUCUGGCAACAAUAUGCUGCAUUAUGCCAUUGUUUCCAGCAUAAGUGCAUCUAAAUGCCUGAGAAUCACCACUGAAGAAGCACAGCAGGUCUGUUUAGACUUUUUUUUUUUUGGACCUUGGUGACUGCAUGAGCGUGAGCAUCUUCUCUGGCAUCAGCCAACAAUGGGGGAGGAGCAGAUGUUUAUUUUGUUAACACAAAGCAUUUAAUAUGACUGUAUGGCGAGCGUGCUCUUAAACUCUUCACUCAUAAGACUGUUAAAAGCCAGGUAGCAAAACUGGAUGUGUGAGGAGCAUCUGGAAUUUAACAAAUAUGGGGGUGCCCUGUAUGGGUAAUGCAAUGGUCAGCUCUUCUUGCAGGGGCUGGCACAGUGAGCAGUGGGGCUGGGAGCUGCUGCUUCCAAUCUGUAACUUGUUUGGGCUUUGGUUGGGAAAAAAGUCAAGGAAGAGAAUGGAUGGGGAGAAAGAAAAUAGUUGUACUUACCUGAAUCACCAGCUGAGACCCUAAAUAACCUGUAACAUUAGAUGGGUUUGUUUGCCGUUUCCGUGUUUAAUACAUAGAGAUGUCAGACAGCGGUUUGCUGAAGAAAUCUUUUGUAAUAAUAAAAAUAUUAUGUUGCUGUGAGCGUGUUACGGUUCUCCUGGGAAGCUGAGCACUUCAAGAAGUACCAUGAGUGUCUGUAUCAUGGCAACAGGAGGAGUCGGCCAGAGGAGAACAUGUGGCUGUAAGAUGCCUGCUGUUUAGGGCACAUAAAAUUUCCUACAAUAAAUAUUUCAUACCUCUGCUCUGAAAUGAAGGCAUCAAUGAGUGCUGUAUUGGGAAGUCAGCCAGUAUAAUGCUCGCUUCAGGAGCUGUCAGCAAUCAAGGGUCUCCACGUGUUCAGCCCGAGGCUGGAGCUGACCCGGGGAAGCUUGCAAAGGUGUCCUGGAGCCACGCUGCUGUUCCCACUUGCCUGGGUCUUCCUGUCAGGCUUCAGAAGUCUAGCAACAGAUCUGGUCUGGUAGAGGCGACGUUCAGUUAAGUGAGAGACUGCUGUUUGUGUCUCAAAAUAACAGGAUGUGCCUGCCUUUAGUGGCACUUCAAAUACACAUCACCUGUGGGCACACAGGGACACCACCUUACUGCUAAGGGGCCAAAGCUGGAUGGUUCCUCCAGCUCCCACAGCCCAAACAAGCAGAUCUGCAUCCUGCCUGAUUUCCACUGAGGGGUGACCAGUUUGUGCAAUACCAAAUGAGGGCAAAGCCAGUUCUAAGGACAGAUUUUCUCCUGUGCAGCAUCUUGCUGCAGUAACUUUCCUUUGUAUGUUAAUAUUUGUAAGUGGUAAUUUGCAUAAAUUGUUUGCUAGUUCAGUUUGUUGAAAAGUAGUGGGAUGAUUUGAGAUGUAGAAGUUGAUAAACUCUUUGAAGCUGCUCUUUUGACUUUUUUUACUGGCGGAGCUGUAUUUCAAUUCCUGCUUUCAUAUUCAGAUACUAUAAAUUGGGCCAGGAUAACAUCCUGAUGUUUUAAAUAGUUGGCAGGUCUGCCACAGAGGAGGAUUGCCGGUUACAUUUGUUUAGACAUCACUUUUUAUAUUCUGAGAUUUUGCCAGGACCUCUUCCUGACCAAAAGCCCCUUUAAGCACGGUUUUAAACAGCAGCAGUCAUUCAGAGGGAAGAGUUUGCACAAGUUUUUUUCUGGGCAGGAGCCAACGCUUGCUGGAGGGCCACCCAGAGGUCACUUCCUAGGGCUUUUCCUGCAACCCUGCUCUGCAGUCAACAAGACAAUUCAUCAAAACCUUGCUUGUUUCUCAUAUAUAAGGAUACUUGCCUUUCUUCAAGUCACCUUCAGCCUAGAUAUAAACUGGUCUUCCAGUAGGUGCCAGUAUCUCCUUCAGAAAAGAGCGGUGAGCAAGCAAGCGAUUGGGAUCAGAGCUCACAGCAGAAGGCACGCUCUGCCUCUGGGCUGGACAAACACUGGCUUGAUGUCAGUCGUAUUUUAAGACUCUUUGAGGGUCAUUUUGUCCUCUCCUGCUUUUUGUUGCUGUUAUUGAGAAAGAACAUCCCAGCCCUGCACAGGGAAAGUUUGCAGGUUUAAUUCAAGGCUUAACACCAAAGCACAGUGUGAACUUAUAUGUACUUCAAGGGUGGUCUUAAGGCAAAUCUGAGCUAGAAGACUAAUUACAGUGAAUAUGAGAGAGCAGAGGAAAAGCCACAUUCAUCCCAUUUCUUAAAGGAGAAUGGGUGGCUGAAUCCAGAGUUGCUGUGAGACCAUAUCAAAGAGGUGCUAUCUUUGUUCCCCUGUAAGGACAGAGAUGAAAACUUCAGACUGAGGAACACUUACCUCCUUUUUUUUCUGAACAUGAGAUAUGCUGUAACUGCUUCAGCAGCUUCCCUUGCCGGGGGUGGGGGAGGUGUGUGUGAGGGUACAGUUUGGUAUCUGGAGAUGCUCAGAGCAAGGCCACGAGAAGAAUCCUUGACAAAUGUGCAUUUAACACUGAGUCUGUGGGAGAUCCAAUGAGCUGCGCUGCAUCAGCACGAAGUGUGCUGUAGGAUUAGAAAUUCUUUCUGAAAGUCUGCUGACUUUGCCUUUGAGGGCUGAAUCUAUAUCCCUUUUUUGUUUUUUAAAGGAAAUCUACUGUAAUUGUCCUAGUCAUAGGGGAAGUUCUGCUAAAAGUGAAAUAUCGAUUGAGGAGGGAACCUCUGAAACUCAUCACUCCCAUACUGAGACCUAAUUUUCACUCACAUGCUUUCAGUCAAGAUUUCGGAGCACCUUUGGCUUUAAAAAAAAAAAAAAAAAAUUGCUGCUCUGUACCAGAAUGGUGGCAGAUGGUCUUUGUUUCAUAAUGAAUCUUUGUUUUUUGUGUGCAAUGGACUUGAGGGAUUUGCUUCCAGGGAAGAUAUGCCCCAACACCUGCUCUUCUUAGAGACAGUGGUAGUGUCAGUUAGCCAUUUGCAUCCAUGGUUUUGCAAAAAGACGACUUCUUGGAGAUCUCUGCUGAGACUUUUAUAUUCUCUUUCCCCAAAGCUGUUUAAAAGUAGAAAAUUUUAACAGAGAGAAAGACGCCAAAUCCAAAGAAAAGCUAAGGGUUGUGGGAUUUUGGGGGACUGUGCUUGUUUGUUUUCCUAAAGGCAUUAAACACCUAUUCUAAAUGAAGAGCAGGUACAGGAUUUGGAUCCAGAAGACUCCAGCCUUGCUUGUACACAAUACCCACCUGCUUUAGCUUUCCCCAGCUACAAACCAGAGGCAGGAGAAGAGAUAACAGGGGGAGUGGGGAGCAGGAUCAAACAGCACAUGCUGCUGCUGGAGCAGAGUAAGAAGAAAAACCAAAGGAGCUGAGUGGUUCACUGCAGGUUCUGCAGUGCUCUGGUUUACCCUUUCUCUCCUACUUAUCUUAAGGCUUUGUGUCUGAAAUGCCAAGUACAUAAGUAACAACUCUGUUGUCUGUAGAAAGCCUAGGUUCAUUGCACUGAAGUGCUGCCUGAACACCAGCUUCUCCUCCCUGACUUAUUUCUUGGAAUUUGCCUCAAUUUGUUCGUUCCCUCCUGCUGCUGCAGGAGCAGAACGUUAAGUGAGAGACAAGGUAAGAGGCAGAACACAUGAAUGCCAAAGCAGAGCAGCAUGAGCCAUCAUUAAAAAGCCCAACACCACUGUUGGUAAAAGGAUCCUUUGCUGUAGGAGAAGCUUGCCCACGUGCCUGUAAUGCAUCCAGUGGGAUCUCUGGGGCUAGCAGGGUCCCAGGUCCCCUGCUCAUACUGUAAAGCACAUUUUCAAGUUUGGGGACACCAUUUCAGAACUUCUCAGAUCCAUUUACAGUUGGAGGCAUCUAUUGCUGUGCCCACUCCCACAGCAGGCAGCACUCAGACCAUCAGUGCCAGGGUCACCCUUCACUGUUAGCAGCUGCCUGCCCCGACUGAGGACAAAGCAAGUGCCCUUAGUCAGGGACAAACAAUCUCUGAAAACAGCCAAAGUGAUGUGUGACACAUCUAGGAAAGCUCGGCCGAACGACCUCAUUAGUUGAAUGUGGAAAUUUCAGAUCUGAUGGAAGACAGCUGAGUCCCAUAAUUAGAACAUGGAGUUUACCACCACAUCCAGCUGUUGAGCCAUAGGUCUAGAGCAUGAUGAAGACCAGCUCUUUCCCCAUUCAGCACUGCAUGGGGACUGCACUGGAAGCAGCAGAACGUCCCAUCAGGACUCACUGUGCUUCCUCUUAGCGAGGAACUGCCCUGAGACCGUCCCAGGAACGGGUUACGUACCCACGCUGGGUCACCAUGGCUCCUACGGCCCUGUGCAGCCAGGCAGGGCACACAGCUUCAUUAGCAUCCUUAAAACACACAAUUGCAUCUUACUACCCAAAAAUACUGCCGAGUGUUUCUAACAGACCCAGAAAUCACUUGUAAGCACCUCCCUAUUACAAAUACUGUCAUGCCUGUACUGAAGCCGCAAAACUAACAAUUCCCUGAGCCACAAAGGAGGCAAGAAGAGACUCUGCUGUCGAGCAGGAGCGGGGACAAGUAACUUCUCUCGUGCUGUGGUUAAGGAAUACUAACGAAUGAGACUUUAGCAUUGUUGUUUAGCAUUGAGAGUGAACUAUAAUUGAACGACGGUGCUCGCACUAUGAAAAGCUUACAUGAGCAUUUCACCAAAGCCUCGGGCUGGAAGUUGUACACUUUCAACUAGAUAUUUUGAAUUUUACCCAGUUUAGUAAAAUAAGGCCGCACAGGUGGUUCAAGCUGGAAGAUAAGGAAGCCUCAGCCACCAGCAGAAGAGAAGGAACAUCCCGCCUGGACACAGAGAAAGAAUCCAGUGAGGAAUGAGAAGACCCCAGAGCUGAAUAUUACUGUUGGUCCAAACUGUCACAUGAGGGGUGGAAACUCAGAUUUUAAGGGUGUAAUUGCCCAAAUUUCUAUAUUAUUCUCCAUGGAGAUACCCAGAUCGAGCUGUUCAUGCUGCUGUACCAUUCAAAUAAACUACUUACUGAUUUUACUUUAAAUUA